AUGUCCGCCCGCCGCCCCCACGGGCAGAGCUAUGCCGAUGUCGCCGCGAAGCCUGCCCCAGAAAGCGACUCUGACAUCACACCAGCUGUCCCAGCAGAUGUGAUUUACAAGCUACUUGCCUUCACAGCCGCCAUGGUGUUUGGCCCCAUCGGCAUUUAUUUCGUGACUGUCAACACGAUCUUCAGAGGAAACUCAACCUUUGCCGGUAUUGCCGCUGCCGUUACCGCAAACGUGGUUCUAUUCGCGUACAUCUACGUCGCGUGGCUAGAAGACCAGGGUGACAAAAAGGAGGCCGACAAGGCCAAAUCUAAGAAAGCACAGUAG